AGGAGGGUCUCCAAAGCCAGCCCAGGGUGCUCUGAGGAGGAAAGGCCCACCCUGCGCCGGGAAGGCAGCCGGACCUUCAUCCAGAGCCCUGACCUGAUGGUCCACAUUCAGUUUCACCCCAGAGAGAAGCCCUACAGUUGCUUGGAAUGUUGGAAGAGCUUUGGCCAGAUCUCCACCCUCUUCUUUCACCAGCGGGUUCACACUGAGGAGGGGCUCUAUAUGCGCUUGGAAUGCGAGAAGAGCUUCAACCAGAGCUCCGAGCUUUGCACCCACCAAUCCCUGCACACUGAGGAACAGCCCUACAAGUGCUUGGAGUGUGGGAAGAGCUUCAGUUGGAACUCCUGCCUCAUCGCCCACCAGCGUCUGCACACGGGGGAGAAGCCCUACAAGUGUCAGAAAUGUGGGGAGAGCUUCAGCCGGAACUUCCACCUGAUCCACCACCAGGUGAUCCACAUGGGGGAACAGCCCUACACGUGUGGGAAAUGUGGGAAGAGCUUCAGUGACUGCUCCAACCUUGUCACCCACCAGCGCCUGCACACGAAGGAAUGGCCCUAUAAGUGCCCUGAGUGUGGGAAGAGCUUCAGCGCCAGGUCCAGCCUUAUCCGCCACCAGAAGAUCCACAGUGGGGAACGGCCCUACAAGUGUCCUGAGUGUGGGAAGACAUUUCUGACCAGCUCACAUCUCCUCCUGCAUGAGCAAACACACACAGGGGAGAGGCCGUUCAAGUGCUUGGAAUGUGGGAAGAGGUUUAGCAAGAGAUACCACCUGAUCCGCCACCAGCGCAUCCACACUGGAGAAAGGCCCUACGAGUGCUCAGAGUGUGGGAGCAGCUUCAGCCAGCGCUUCUGCCUGAUCCGCCACCAGAUCGUUCACACCGGAGAACAACCCUACCAGUGUGGGGAAUGUGGGAAAAGCUUCAAUGACCGCUCCAACCUCAUCACCCACCAGCGCCUGCACUCCAGGAAACGGCCCUACAAGUGCUUGGAAUGUGGGAAGAGCUUCUGCCUGAGCUCCGACCUGGUCCGCCACCAGAAGAUCCACAGUGGGGAACGGCCCUACAAGUGUCCUGAGUGUGGGAAGAGGUUUAAGACCAGCUCACAUCUCCUCCUGCAUGAGCGGACGCACACGGAUGAGAGGCCCUUCCUCUGCACCGACUGCGGGAAGAGCUUCAACCGCAACUCCCACCUUGUCCUGCACAGGCGCAUCCACACUGGAGAGAGGCCCUACAAGUGUGAGGAGUGUGGGAAGAGCUUCAUCCAGAGCUCUGCCUUGACCUCACACCAACGGACCCACCAGUAAGCGAAGCCCUGUGAGCACCUCAACUGCGGGAAGAGCUUCGUCUGCUGCUCCAACUCCAUCACCCAUCGGAGGACCCACAGUGGUUCCACAGUGACCCACACUGGGCACAGAUCUGUUGACUCAUGUUCCAGAUGAUCCAUGCUGGGCAAUGUAUUGGGUUUGCCAGGGUUUGGUAGCAGGGGGACUCCAGGGCUGUGUUCUGUGAGCAGCUGCCAGAAACUUCCUCCAUGUCCAGCAGAGCCAAUUCCAGCUGGCUCCAGGACGGACCCACCACUGGCCAAGGCCGAGCCCAUCAGAGAUGGCAGUGACGCCUUGGGGAGAAUGUAUUUGUCUUAGUUUUAGCUGCUCCCCCCAGGGCUGGGAGCUGGGGUGGUUGGUCCCAGGAGAGUUUCCCGCUGAGGGACCAAUCGCAGCUGUUCUUUUUUGCUCUUUUGAAAUUAAAUAUUCACAACAGCCGGAAGUCGUUGGCAGUUUUAAUUGUGUGUGAGAGCGUGUGUGUGUGAGAGAGAAGCCGGAAGGGUGGACGGGGCCCCCCCAUAACCCAGGGGGGUCCCCUGUGCCUCCACGGCCUUGGCUCAGCCAGGGCUGGAGGCAGUGUGUAGGAGUAUGUGUGUGUUGUGAGGGAGACUCCCUCUUCCCCCCCAGCUAGACUGCAGGGCUUGGGACAGUGUGAACUGGACUGAGUGGCCAAGGCGAGGGAGCUCUCUUUUUCUUCCCCCCCCCGCCUGGGAAGGCGGUGGUGUGGAUUCAAGGCAUGCUCGGCAUUGGAGCUAGAGGGGUCCAGAGCCUGGAGAAGUGGCUGGGAUAUAUGGAAAAGCUGGAAGAACUCCAGGCUGAAGGAAUUGGAGAUGGGCCAGAGGGCCUUGGAGGUGCCAUACGUUGGGUUUGGACCUGGGCUACUGAAACUGAAAACUGCAGCAGCUAAGGAAGAGUGAGAGAGCCGAACCAGCAGGUUUUUCUGGGUAAGGACUUUUUGAUGAAAACUAUUUGGGGUAAAAAAGGACUGAGCAGAGACUCAGAGCCUGCAACCUGGAGAGUGAGAAAUGGAACAUCUUACUCCCUAGGAGGAAACCUUCACGAAACCAAGGAGGAAGGACUCAGAGCUGACUCCCUGGACCUUUUUGUGAUGAAGACCUGGUGAAGUGAGUGUUUCCCUGGCAGCCCAGGAUGAGACCUCAGCAGGAGCUGAGAGCUGGUGGGGGUGCAAGAGAACCCCUUUCCCUGAUACCCCAAUGAGAGAGAGACUUUUUCAUUAUCGCCCUGAAGACGACUUCUGAACUGAUGUGGGAGGGCUCAAGGGGAGCUGUGUUAAUAUUAUAUAUAAUUGCUUUUUAGUUUGUAUAGUAUUUAUUGGGUAGUAAUAAAUUGUAUGUAAUUCCCUUCCCA